CUGGCUGGGUUUUCACACCCAUUUUCUUUUUAUAAAUGGACAUACUGGUAUUUAAAUGAUAAUCGAGAUGUUAGUUGGGAAAAUCGACUUAAAAAUGUGACAACUUUUGCAACAGUUGAACAGUUUUGGGGUCUUUAUUUAAAUAUCCGACCACCGUCAUUUUUACAUUCUACCUGCGACUACAGUGUGUUCAAAGAGAAUAUUGAACCUAUGUGGGAAGUCCCAGAAAAUACCAAUGGUGGACGAUGGCUAAUAACGAUUGAUAAGUUGAGACAAAGUGAUAUCUUGGACACUAUAUGGCUUGAGGUACUUUUGGCCGUUAUUGGAGGACAGUUUGGAGAGUAUACAAAAGAUAUUUGUGGAAUAGUCGUGAACAUCCGAACCAAAGGAUCGAAGAUCAGUAUUUGGACGACAGAUGCAAGCAAUGACGAGUCAAAUAGGAGUAUUGGGGAAAUCCUGAAACGCACUCUUACUAAUCCUGAAAUUGAGCUAAAAGGAUCAGGCCCCCUGUUCGAAGUUCUUCGUUACGAGGAACAUCGAGAGGUUCAGAACAAAAGUUCUAGCAGUGUAAAAGCAAAGUUUGUUCUCAAUAUACACGACUGA